GUUCCCUAUAAACCAACAUGGCGGCUGGAGGAGCAGAAGAGCAUUUUGCUAAGAAACUAGCGAAUAACGACAAGAAAAUCAGAGAUAAAGCCCUGAAUAAACUUAGGGCUUGGAUUAGGAGCCGACCAAAGGAUGGCCCUGGGUUUGGUGAGGUAGAUUUGCUUAAAAUAUGGAAGGGACUAUUUUACUGCAUGUGGAUGUCAGACAAGCCUCUUAUUCAGGAAGAACUGGGUUUAAAUAUUUCAAAACUUAUACUCAGUUUCAGGAAUGAACAAUCAGCUGUCCUUUUUAUCAAAGCAUUUUUUAAAACAAUGCAAAGAGAAUGGCAUGGGAUAGAUCGUCUGCGAUUGGAUAAGUUUUACAUGCUCAUCCGUUUCUUUGUGAAAGAAACUUUCAAUUUUCUGAAAAAAGCUGGUUGGGAGGAAAGGUUAGUCAAUGAUGUCGUUAAUAUUUUUUAUGAAGAACCAAUGAAUCCAAGUAGUCUGAAGGUUCCUGAUGGAAUUCGACUUCACAUGGUGUCAGUGUAUCUCUCUGAACUUGGAAGUGUACUAGAUGAUGAGGCUUCUUCUAGUGCAGUGCUUAAGCUCUUGGAUCCUUUUUUCCUGCUUGCAACACACUCAAGCAACAAAACUGUUACCAGUGCUGUGGGAAAGAGUUUGUUUGAACACCUUGUUCAACAAGGGACAGAUGACUCUGAGGAGCAGCAGAAUUCUAAAAUUAAGGUUGAUUUUGCUUCUGCUGCUGACAGAUUAUUUGCUUUAGCAAGUGACAGAAAUAUCCUUGGUAGGAACAGGAAUCAACUUUUUUGCUGGGCUAAACGUCUGAGGAAACGAUCAACAGGAGAACAUGUGGAGGAUUCUGUGCAACAAGAUAGAAUCCCAAAUGGGAUCCAAGUUGGAUCAAAGAGAAAGACUGAAGAGCAAGAGUCAUCAGACAACAACAGAGAUCACAGUCACACCAAGGAAACAAAACAGAAGAGUAAAAAGAUUAAAGAUUCUAAUGAUAAAAAAGAAGAGGUAUUGGAUAAUCAAAGUAAUGAACUUGCUACUAUAGAAGACAAGAAAGAGGGAAAGAGAAAAAGAAAAAAUAGGCAAGAUUGUGAAGGUCAUGUUGAGUUGUCUUCUGAAGAAAAAGAAAUUUAUACAGAGCAAAACAUUGAGCCUAAGGAUAAAAAGAAGAAGAAGAAGAAGAAAUCUCCUAUUGAGAAUGAGGAAGGAUCUGUGGUUAGCAAUGAAAAUGGUGGUGGAGAAUUACUUACUGUAAAAAAUAAAAGAAGACAUCAAUCUUCCAAUAAAGAAGCUAUUAAUGACCUAAGUGAGGAUAAUGCUUCUGGUGUUGUUGGUGACACAAUACAUUCAACUGAAAAAGAUGAUCAAACCUUGUUAAGAACAGUGGAAAAUGAGGUUUUGAAUAGAGCCAAUGGUCAUGGUGAGCAGCCCUUUGCAAAGUUUCAGAAGAAUGCUACUCCACCAGCAUUCGUUCGAAGAUGCAGUGCUAAAACACCCAGAACAGAGCCACGAAGGAACAGUAAUUUGAAGGUUCAACUGCCUGGAUCAGAACCUUCGAAGGGAACACGGAAAAGAGUCAGGAUAGAGGUGUCCAAAAAUACUUCACACACAACACAAGCAGAUUAUAAACGUAGUUUGAAGGAAAGCCCAAAUAUUCCUUUUGAUGCAGAGAAGACACCUCCUCAAGGGUUACUCAAGUCACCACCUCAACCUCAAAGAACACCUUUAGUUAUAAAAAAGACUGCUGCAGCAUCCACAGCUUCUGGCCAACUGCAGCAGAGAAAGAAACAACCUAAAGUUACGCAAAGACCCAAGGCCCUAGAUUUCUUUUGAUUAUACAAUAUCUUAAGUUGAAAUUGAAACUCUCAAAGUAUCAAGGCAGUUUGAAUCUAAAAAUGAAAACAUGCAGGAUAUUUAUGCCAGCAGCCUUUUUAUGCAAAUCCUCUCUUUCAUAAUCUUUCAAAGUUUUUUUAUUUCCUAUGCCCUUAUUAAUAUUUUAUGUGCACAAAAAUAUUUUGUCAUAUAUUAUACAAAGCUUAUUUGGUCUGCUGUUGUUUUUUAGGAACAAAAAUUAAUGUUAUUUAAACAGUUACACACUGUUUUCAUAUAUAAAUGAUUUCCUCAACAGGUAAAGAAUUUCAAAUAAGCAAAUACAAGUUUUCUCCUCUGAAUCUCCACCAAUUCUUUCAAUUCUUGCCACAAAACUUCUUUUCUUCAAAAAAAAAAAUUUUAAUUACAAAGUGCCACUUUGAAGAGGAGUCCAUUAGCUUCUACUUUGAAAGGGCUACUAGAAUAGUUUAUUUUAUGAUUAAUGGCAAAUGGAAAGAUCAGAUAAUUAUUUUUAUUCUAUUCUAGUGAGUCCAAAGGUAUUUCAAAUUAUUUAUUCAUAACUUUGAAUAUACACAGGGUAAAACCUUGUGUUCCUUACAGAAACACAGAUUCACUUAAUCAUUACAUACAGUCUAGGCCACACUUAAUUUUACUAUGUGCAAACAUUUUAGUAUCUCCUUUAAAAUGAAUUGAAAAAGAAGCUGACAAACAAAAGCAAGAAGAUAUAACAUCUUUAAACUUAAUAGGGUCCAAAAUUAUGGUUCAUUUAAAUUAUUGACUUUGAAAGACAAAUGACCGUAUCUUAAGUCUGCAGCUAAAAUAAAGGAUCUAGAAAGAAUAUAA